CGGCACCCUUGCUUUCCUCUCCGUCUCCGUCGCCGACAGCGCUUCCAUCCAGAUGCUUGGUGGUUUCUCCGUGCUGCGCUCGCGUGCCGUCCUCCCACUCUCACUCGCUACGCCUCCUCGCUUCCUUCGCCGCCUACCCCACCCGCGCGCCGUCUCCUCCUCUUCCUCCCCCCCGCUUCAGCCGCCGCCGGGGAUGGAGGCCUCCUACAAGUUCGGGCCCUACAAGAUCGACGCCAGGGAGGUCUUCUAUGCCACGCCCCUCUCCUACGCCAUGGUCAACCUCCGCCCCCUCCUCCCGGGUCAUGUUCUUGUGUGCCCCAAGCGUGAAGUGAAAAGAUUCGCUGAUCUCAGUUCUGAUGAGACAAGCGACUUAUGGGUUACUGCAAAGGAAGUCGGUGUACGUCUUGAGCAGUACCAUAAAGCAUCUUCACUUACCUUUGCUAUUCAGGAUGGUCCUGAAGCUGGCCAAACAGUUCCACAUGUCCACAUUCAUGUCAUGCCGAGGAAGAAAGGGGAUUUUGAGAAAAAUGAUGAAAUAUAUGAUGCGAUUGAUGUGAAAGAGAAAGAAUUGAAGGAGAAGCUUGACCUGGACAUUGAGAGGAAAGAUAGAAGCAUGGAAGAAAUGGCUCAUGAGGCCAAUGAGUACCGUGCUCUUUUCUCCUAGAAUGACAUCUAGUGUAGGAGUUGGUUUCUAAGUUGAGCUGCCUGUUUGCCAUGAAUAAGUCUUGCUACUUCUUGUUCUCCAUUGUCGGGAUUCAGUUAUCAUUGCAGUGACAUGGUGAUGGUGUCCAGUGGUGCGAACUGGAAUGGUGGCAUGUUAUGUAAGAUGGAGAAAUGGUCAUCUUGUCUAAGGACUGCAUUCUUACUGGCAAACCUUUUAGAUUAGAAACUAGUUUUUGUGUACUGAGGAGUGAGGAGGAUCAGCUGUUUGUUGGAAGUAUGCCUUUACUACAAAUCUUUUCUUUGUGUAACUGUAAGAGAGGAGGUACCAUUUUCUGUUAUCAAAUCUAGACAGCCGUUAGGGAUUGGAUGUAGACUAAGACUCACAAAUCACAAUUAGUGUACAAAACUACUAUGUCAUUUAUUACUUUGGCUAAAUCAUUUUCUGAA